AUGAUGGAGAGGAUAAGAAAAGAGAUGAUAUUGAUGGAGAGAGGUCUGCACAGUCCCGUCGCAGGGAAGAGGCUCGCAGACACGCCUGGAAAUUCAGUGCUGGAGGCCCUGGAAAACUCUCAGCACAGCGGACGGCUAAGCCCGAGAAUAACUUCGGCUUCUCUCCAUGGAAAUCUUGGGGACAUCCCGACGAAAGGCAAAUUUGAAAUUGACAGUCUUUUCGGUACGCACCACAACAGUGAAAAUACCUCUUCGGCGGAAAUUUCCUCGUCAGAAAGCAGGAAGAAAAUGAGCCUUUACUCCGAAGUUUCGCCAGAAUCAGAUAUUAACAGUGAUGUGGAGGUGGGAUGCCCUGCGCAUCGCUCCCCGAGCCAGCACAAGGAAAACAACAAGGGUUUUUCAGACAGUAAUUCUGGAUCUUCCAACAUAAGCUCGAACUCCCUCCAGAAUAUGAACGGAAAUUCAUCGGGAGGAUCAAACAAUUCAAAUAGCGACCAAGUGAGAAGAUAUCGGACUGCUUUCACCAGAGAACAAAUCGGAAGACUGGAAAAAGAGUUUUACAGGGAAAAUUACGUUUCGAGACCGAGAAGAUGUGAAUUGGCCGCAGCGCUGAAUCUGCCCGAGACCACGAUUAAGGUGUGGUUCCAGAACAGGCGGAUGAAGGAUAAAAGGCAGCGUUUGGCGAUGUCCUGGCCCCAUCCUGCAGACCCCAGCUUCUACACCUACAUGAUGACGCACGCGGCAGCUACAGGAAGUCUACCUUACCCUUUCCACUCGCACAUGCCUCUACACUACUACCCGCACGUCGGUGUCACGGCAGCAGCAGCCGCCGCCGCCGCCACCGGCGCCGCCUCGUCACCUUUCGCCACUUCCAUCCGACCCCUCGAUACCUUCCGGGCGCUCUCCCACCCUUACUCGCGGCCGGAGCUCCUGUGCAGCUUUAGGCACCCGGGACUCUACCAGUCACCCGCAGGCCUGAACAGCUCGGCGGCGGCGUCAGCGGCGGCGGCGGCUGCGGCUGCGGCGGCAGCAGUCAGCGCGCCGUCAGCCUCCGGGCCUUGCUCGUGUCUGAGCUGCCACAGCAGCCAGGCGGCGAGCGCGCUCAGCUCCAGGAGCACCAGCGCUGACUUUACCUGCACAGCUUCCGGGCAAAGAUCCGAGAGUGGAUUUCUGCCGUAUUCUGCUGCUGUUCUCAGCAAGACCUCAGUCCCGUCUCCAGACCAACGAGAAGAAACUUCACUUAACAGAUAA